AUUACAGGCGUGAGCCACCAUGCCCGGCUACACAUGUACCUUCUCUUAAGAUUUCAGCCCCCAAAUCAAUCCCCACAACCUGCCCUGUUACGGAAGAUAGGGUAAGUGUCCUCUGUUAUAUAGUCUCAUUUCUCUGUGUUCCUUUCUUCCAUAGCAUGCAUCACAGUUUGUAAUUAUUCACUUAAUUUGUGUAAUUAUUUGAUUAUUAUAUGUCUCUCCCAUUAGACUGUGAGCUCCUUGAGAGCAGGGCCUGUGGACGUUUUGGCUUAUAUCUGUAUUCUCAGCUCCUAAAACAGUGGCCAUGAUGUCAGAAGCUCUUGAUGAAUGUUGAAUGAGUGAUCAACUCUGGUUGGGGAAGUAGCACAGGGGUCUAUGGAAGCAUGUAGUAGGGGAUUUUCAUUCUGAUUCUGGGGGAAUUAGGGAAGACUUCUGCAGGGGACCACCAGUAUUUAAGGUCUGGAUAGAGGAAGAAGAGUCCAAAAUGGAGAAAAAGAAGGAGUAAUCAGAGAAGUAAGAAGACAACAAGGAAAAAUAAUAUCCCAGAAGCCAAAGGAAGAAUGUGUUUCUAGUGAAACUGUAUGAGCAUCAGCAUAGGCAGAGGAACCAGGAAGAAAGAUGAAGAUUCAGGGACUGAAGUGGGAGAAGGUACAGAUGAAUGGGCCCAGUCCAAAGCCACAGUUAGACCCCCUGACCAGCUGGAGUUGACCGAUGCGGAGUUAAAGGAGGAAUUCACUCGGAUUUUGACAGCCAACAACCCACAUGCACCCCAGAACAUUGUCAGGUACAGCUUCAAAGAAGGCACAUACAAGCUUAUUGGCUUUGUGAACCAACUGGCAGUUCACUACACCCAGGUUGGGAACCUUAUCCCCAAAGACUCAGAUGAAGGACGGCGGCAGCAUUACCGCGAUGAGUUAGUGGCAGAUUCUCAGGAGUCUGCCAAGGUGGUGAUUUCAGAAACAGAAAACCUUGAAGAAGAUGAAGAGCCCAAGGAGUUAGAAACUGAGCCUGGGAGUCAAACAGAUGUGCCUGCAGCUGGGGCAGCUGAAAAAGUGACUGAAGAAGAAUUGAUGACUCCUAAGCAGCCCAAGGAGCAAAAGCUCACUAACCAGUUCAACUUCAGUGAGAGGGCUUCACAGACCUUCAACAACCCUCUCCGGGAUAGAGAAUGUCAGAUGGAGCCUCCUCCCAGGACAAACUUUUCAGCCACAGCCAAUCAGUGGGAGAUCUAUGAUGCCUAUGUAGAGGAACUUGAGAAGCAGGAAAAGACCAAAGAGAAGGAGAAGGCAAAGACCCCAGUGGCUAAAAAAACAGGAAAGAUGGCCAUGAGGAAGCUGACAUCUCUGGAGUCUCAGACUGAUGAUAUCACCAAAGUGUCCCAAGCUGCUAAGAUCGUGGAGCGGAUGGUCAACCAGAAUACAUAUGAUGAUGUUGCUCAAGAUUUUAAGUACUACGAGGAUGCUGCUGAUGAAUACCGGGACCAGGAGGGUACCCUGCUGCCGCUCUGGAAGUUCCAAAAUGACAAAGCCAAGCACCUGUCUGUCACCGCCCUCUGCUGGAAUCCAAAGUACAGGGAUCUGUUUGCAGUGGGAUAUGGCUCCUAUGACUUCAUGAAGCAGAGCCGGGGCAUGCUGCUGCUCUACAGCAUGAAGAACCCCAGUUUCCCUGAGUACAUGUUCAGCAGCGACAGCGGCAUCAUGUGUCUCGACAUCCACGUGGACCACCCCUACCUUGUGGCAGUGGGCCACUAUGAUGGCAAUGUGGCCAUUUAUAACCUCAAGAAGCCCCACUCCCAGCCCUCCUUCCGCAGCUCAGCCAAGUCUGGCAAGCACACGGACCCUGUGUGGCAGGUCAAGUGGCAGAAGGAUGACAUGGACCAAAACCUUAACUUCUUCUCUGUGUCAUCUGAUGGCAGGAUUGUAUCUUGGACUCUUGUGAAGAGCGAGCUGGUCCACAUAGAUGUCAUCAAGCUGAAGGUGGAAGGCAGCACCACGGAAGUUCCUGAGGGGUUGCAGCUGCACACAGUGGGUUGUGGCACUGCCUUUGACUUCCACAAAGAAAUUGACUACCUGUUCCUAGUGGGCACAGAGGAGGGAAAAAUCUACAAGUGCUCUAAAUCCUACUCCAGCCAAUUCCUCGAUACCUAUGAUGCCCACAACAUGGCAGUGGACGCUGUAUCCUGGAACCCAUACCACACCAAGGUCUUCAUGUCCUGCAGCUCCGACUGGACAGUGAAGAUCUGGGACCAUACCAUCAAGACCCCGAUGUUCAUCUAUGACCUGAACUCAGCCGUGGGCGAUGUGGCCUGGGCACCAUACUCUUCUACUGUGUUCGCAGCUGUCACCACAGAUGGGAAGGCCCACGUGUUUGACUUGGCCAUCAACAAGUACGAGGCCAUCUGCAACCAGCCUGUGGCGGCCAAAAAGAAGAACAAGAUCACUCACGUGCACUUCAAUCCCAUCCACCCCAUCAUCAUUGUGGGCGAUGACCGUGGGCACAUCAUCUGCCUCAAGCUCUCGCCCAAUUUGCGCAAGAUGCCAAAGGAAAAGAAGGGGCAGGAGGUGCAGAAGGGUCCAGCUGUGGAGAUUGCGAAACUGGACAAACUGCUGAACCUGGUGAGGGAAGUGAAAACCAAGACCUGAGGGCCCAGCCUCAGUCUCAUUGCUUGAAUCCAGUACUCAUAGUGCUUGACCCUGGUACCCAGCCCAGCCUUAGCACCCAGCAUGUGACCCCACCCCUGAUCAGGUCCCAGCAUCUGCCCUUCUUAUUCUGCUCCUUAAGGUCCUAGCACCUCACCCCAGGACUUGGCCUUCAACCAUUACCCCUCUAACUUUGCACAAAUAAACCUGUCUGGAAACCCAC